AUGUUGAAAAAAGAUUGCAUUGCUCUUUCCGAAUAUCCAAAAUUCUGGGCUCUUUUAAACUCAACUGAUAUGUAUCAGUAUAUGUAUAUCAGAACAACACUCCUAGCCUCAAUUGGAAAGAACAUUCGCAAUAAAAGCAAUGAAAAUUUUGCAGAUAUUCUUCAACUUCUUAAGAAUUUCUGCCAAAGAGGAGAUUGUGAAGAUUGGAAGAGGUGCCUUGUAGCAGGAAUCUGCUUCUUCGGCAAUGGCUCAAUUGCAAUCAAUACACAUCAACUCAGAUUAUUCAUUGGAAAGUGCAAAUCAUCUAUAAAUGGAUCACUUCAUAAACUUGGCUUCAAUUAUGGCCUUGAACGAAGUGAAGCCACUGCAAACAUCAUUGGAAUGAUUCCGAUGUUGAAGGAAAACCCAUCAGAGUUAAGACAAUGGACUCUUAGAUCCCCAGUUCCAUUAAAUGAUGUCUCAUCAGUUGUUCUAUCUGAACAAUCUGACUGUGAGUCCAUAAAGAGUUAUUCUUCUCCAAUUGCUGAACCAGUUAAGUCAGAUGAUGCUAAGAAGGCUACAACAAAUACAAAGCAACCAGCAGCUGAAGAAAAUACUUAUUCUUUAUUUAAUGAUAUAGAGUUCGAAAUAAAUUCUCUUAUAGAUCUUGGAUUAUAA